CUUUUAAAAAAUAUUUUAUGAUGCUCCUUAACUCUGAGAUGAGUUGAAUGAGGUGUCAAAGAAAAGGCCAAUUUGAAAAGUGUGAAAAUAGUAAGAUGCCUGACUCUUGGACCCUCCAAAGAAACAAGAAACAGUCAUGCUUCCCAGUUUAAAGAGACUUGUUCCGUUGGAUGACUCUCAAAGUGUACAGACUUGUUAUUAACACAGAAAAGUUUAAUUACAUUUCUAUAAACUGUGCUAGCUUCUCUUAAUUGCUAAACUGGGAUGAUGAAAGCAAGAGCAAAAAUGCCUCAUCUCUGGCAGCUAGGUUUUCCUGGGCGCUUUGUGAUGUAAAUGUGCCUGUGUGUACAUUAACAUCCACACACUCCAUCCCUCUCACUGGCUCUGAAGGAGGGGUCACCUGACUUCACCUAGAGCCGCCCCCUCCCAUUUGUGGAGGAAAUCCUAAAGUGAGAGGCAGGCGCCCACAGGAACACAGGUCUGGAGCUUGGAGAUGUAAAUGACCCCGGCUGAAUGGGAAUGGGGCGAGGUUGCUGGAGGGGGCUGGUGAAGGGAACAGGGGAGUGAGUGUGAGAGAGCAGAGGGGGAGCAAAAGAGGAAGAGAGGAGCCGAGAGAGAGAGAGAGAGAGAGAGAGAGAGAGAGAGAGAGAGAGAGAGAGAGAGAGAGAGAGAGAGAAGUGCUGCAUGCUUCAUCUUUGAGAGGAGGGGAAAACAAAAGACCUCAGCAGCAGUUUUUUUUGUGUGUGUGUGGCUGUGUCUGGCUCCAAGAGGAAAAUUCUAGACAUCCAUGCUGCAAAAAUCAAAGCUCCGCUGAGACUCCUUCUACAAGAAAACUAUCUGAUGUGGAAAUGGGUUGGACCGGCGCAAGUACAGGUGGUUUGAGAGGACACUGACCGAGGACCAUGGAAAGGUGGGAGAGGACCAGCGGCUGCCCGGCUUCCUCGGAACGCGGCUCUAGGCACUACAAGGCCACAUAAGGAGGGUGAGGUCCCCGGAGUGGACUAUAUCUUCAUCACUGUCGAAGAUUUUAUGGAAUUAGAGAAAAGUGGUGCUCUCCUAGAAAGUGGGACUUACGAAGACAAUUACUACGGUACCCCAAAGCCUCCAGCCGAACCAGCACCAUUACUAUUAAAUGUAACAGACCAGAUACUUCCGGGAGCCACUGCCAGUGCCGAAGGAAAACGGAAGAGGAAUAAAUCAGUGAGCAACAUGGAGAAAGCAAGUAUAGAGCCUCCCGAGGAGGAAGAGGAGGAGAGGCCUGUGGUCAACGGAAAUGGAGUAGUAAUAACACCAGAAUCCAGUGAACAUGAAGACAAGAGUGCAGGUGCCUCAGGGGAGACACCCUCCCAGCCUUAUCCUGCACCAGUGUACAGUCAGCCCGAGGAGCUGAAGGACCAGAUGGAUGAUGCAAAACCCACUAAACCUGAAGAGAAUGAGGAAUCAGACCCAUUGCCUGAUAACUGGGAAAUGGCCUACACAGAGAAGGGUGAAGUCUACUUCAUUGACCAUAACACAAAGACAACAUCAUGGCUGGAUCCACGACUUGCGAAAAAGGCUAAACCUCCAGAAGAGUGCAAAGAAAAUGAGCUUCCAUAUGGCUGGGAAAAAAUCGAUGAUCCCAUAUAUGGCACUUAUUAUGUUGACCACAUAAACAGAAGAACGCAGUUUGAAAACCCUGUCCUGGAAGCAAAAAGGAAGCUCCAGCAGCAUAACAUGCCCCACCCAGAACGUGGAGCCAAGCCCCUGCAGGCCCCAGGUUUCCGAGUAGACAACUCCUCAUCGACCAUACCUAGGCCCAAACCCGGCCGCCCCCGCCCUGCCCUGGGGAGGUGGCGCAGCGUGAGUGACUUGUCCUAUUAUCCGCGCAACCACGCCUGGAGGCCCUGGCCCUGGCCCAUCGAAAAACCACUCUUCACCCGGGAUGCAUCCCAGUUGAAGGGAACAUUCCUCAGCACCACCCUAAAAAAGAGCAACAUGGGUUUUGGAUUUACCAUCAUUGGUGGAGAUGAGCCCGAUGAGUUUCUGCAGGUGAAAAGUGUGAUUCCGGACGGGCCCGCAGCACAGGAUGGAAAAAUGGAAACAGGUGACGUCAUUGUCUAUAUUAAUGAAGUGUGUGUCCUCGGACACACACACGCGGAUGUAGUCAAGCUUUUCCAGUCGGUUCCCAUCGGUCAGAGUGUCAGCCUGGUGUUGUGUCGUGGCUACCCUUUGCCCUUUGAUCCUGAAGACCCUGCCAACAGCCUGGUGCCACCCCUUGCAAUCAUGGAGAGGCCGCCUCCAGUGAUGGUCAACGGGAGGCAUAACUAUGAAACCUAUUUGGAGUACAUUUCUCGGACCUCACAGUCGGUUCCGGACAUCACAGAUCGGCCGCCUCAUUCUUUGCACUCGAUGCCAGCAGAUGGCCAGCUAGAUGGCACGUAUCCACCUCCUGUCCACGAUGACAAUGUGUCCAUGGCCUCCUCGGGGGCCACCCAGGCUGAACUCAUGACCUUAACCAUUGUGAAAGGUGCCCAGGGCUUCGGCUUCACCAUUGCCGACAGCCCUACCGGACAGCGGGUGAAACAAAUACUUGACAUUCAGGGAUGCCCUGGCCUGUGUGAAGGUGACCUCAUUGUGGAGAUCAACCAGCAGAACGUCCAGAACCUGAGCCAUACGGAAGUAGUGGAUAUACUUAAGGACUGUCCCAUGGGAAGCGAGACCUCUUUGAUUAUCCACCGAGGAGGUUUCUUUUCUCCAUGGAAAUCUCCAAAGCCUAUCAUGGACCAAUGGGAGAAUCAAGGCAGUCCUCAGACGAGUUUAUCUGCUCCGGCCAUACCGCAGAACCUGCCCUUCCCGCCCGCUCUUCACAGGAGCUCCUUUCCUGACUCAACAGAGGCCUUUGACCCAAGGAAGCCUGACCCCUAUGAGCUCUACGAGAAAUCUAGAGCCAUUUAUGAAAGUAGGCAACAAGUGCCACCAAGGACCAGUUUUCGAAUGGAUUCCUCUGGUCCAGAUUAUAAAGAGCUGGAUGUUCACCUUCGCAGGAUGGAGUCUGGAUUUGGCUUCAGAAUUCUCGGAGGAGAUGAGCCUGGUCAGCCUAUUUUGAUUGGAGCCGUCAUUGCCAUGGGCUCAGCCGACAGAGAUGGCCGCCUACACCCUGGAGAUGAGCUCGUCUAUGUCGAUGGGAUUCCAGUGGCUGGCAAGACCCACCGCUAUGUCAUCGACCUUAUGCACCACGCAGCCCGGAACGGGCAGGUCAACCUCACUGUGAGAAGAAAGGUGCUAUGUGGAGGGGAGCCCUGCCCAGAGAACGGGAGGAGUCCAGGCUCCGUGUCAACCCACCACAGCUCCCCCCGCAGUGACUACGCCACCUACUCCAACAGCAACCACGCGGCCCCCAGCGGCAGCGCCUCUCCCCCUGAGGGCUUCGCUUCCCACAGCCUGCAGACCAGCGACGUGGUCAUCCACCGGAAGGAGAACGAGGGCUUCGGCUUCGUCAUCAUCAGCUCCCUGAACAGGCCCGAGUCCGGAUCCACGAUCACUGUGCCCCAUAAGAUCGGACGCAUCAUUGAUGGGAGUCCUGCAGAUCGCUGUGCGAAGCUCAAAGUGGGAGACCGGAUCUUGGCGGUGAACGGCCAGUCUAUCAUCAACAUGCCUCACGCAGACAUCGUGAAGCUGAUCAAGGACGCGGGUCUCAGUGUCACUCUUCGCAUCAUUCCUCAGGAGGAGCUCAACAGCCCCACCUCGGCACCCAGCUCCGAGAAGCAGAGCCCCAUGGCCCAGCAGCACAGCCCCCUGGCCCAGCAGAGUCCUCUGGCCCAGCCAAGCCCAGCCACCCCCAACAGCCCUGUCACCCAGCCAGCUCCUCCUCAGCCACUGCAGCUACAAGGACAUGAAAAUAGUUACAGGUCAGAAGUAAAAGCAAGACAAGAUGUGAAACCAGACAUCCGACAGCCUCCAUUCACGGACUACAGGCAGCCCCCCCUGGACUACAGGCAGCCCCCAGGGGGGGACUACCAGCAACCCCCACCCUUGGACUACAGGCAACCUCCCCUGCUGGACUACAGGCAGCACUCCCCCGACACCAGGCAGUACCCUCUGUCAGACUACAGGCAGCCCCAGGAUUUCGAUUAUUUCACCGUGGACAUGGAGAAAGGAGCCAAAGGAUUUGGGUUCAGCAUUCGUGGAGGAAGGGAAUAUAAAAUGGAUUUGUUCGUGUUGAGACUGGCAGAAGACGGGCCGGCAAUAAGGAAUGGAAGGAUGAGGGUAGGAGAUCAAAUCAUUGAGAUCAAUGGGGAGAGCACAAGGGACAUGACACACGCCAGAGCAAUAGAACUCAUCAAAUCCGGAGGAAGAAGAGUGAGGCUGCUGCUGAAGCGCGGGACGGGGCAGGUCCCAGAGUAUGACGAACCCGGCGCCUGGAGCGGCCCCGCUGCCGCCGCCCCCGGUCUGCAGGAAGUAGGCGCCUCCUCGGAGGACGUCCUCUCGCCAUUCUCUCCAUCGCAUCCAGCCCCAUCCUCCGACCCCUGCCACCCGACCAGCCCAGCCCCGGCGUGGGAUGCUGCCCAAAGGGAGCGCGACGCCAGGAAACCAAAGGAGCUCGCGGCCGGCGGCCAGAAGAAGCAGCGCCUGGGGGAGCAGAGGGAGCGCUCGGCCAGCCCGCAGCGGGCCGCGCGGCCGCGGCUGGAGGAGGCGCCCGGCGGCCAGGGCCGGCCCGAGCCCGGCAGGGCCCCCCCGGAGGCCAGGCCGCCCGGGCCCGCGGCGGAGGAGGGGUCCCGAGCAGCCGCCGCGCCCGGCCCCGAGCUCGGCCGCCGCGAGGGCCCCGGGGCCGCGCCUGGGGCCGCGGGCCCGGGAGGCGGCGGCAGCGGCGCGCGGGAGGCCGAGGGCCGGGCGGGCGCGCGCGCGGGGCCCCGGCAGGGCGCGCGGCCGCCUCCAGGGGGCGCUCCGGCGCGCAGGGCGGCGGUGGCGCCGGGGCCCUGGAAGGUGCCGGGCUCCGACCGGCUGUCUGGGCUCCUCCGGCCCGGCGCCUCCUCGGCCGCGGGCAGAUGAGCUGCCCCGCCCGGACGCCCCUGCCUGCCGGCCGGCCGGUCUCCGAGCCCGUGUGCCGGCGAUUUAAUUUAUUGUCACUGUCACCGCAUCCAUCCCCGCGGCCCCGAGGCCCGGGGGCGCCGGCGUGCGGCCCGGGUGGGUGCCCGCCCACCGCAGACCUAACGGACCCUAAAGCCCCCGGUCCCGCUGCGGGGGGGGGCUUUGGCAGCUAUGGAAGAACCAAAACCACGUGGAGAGCAUCACGGAGAGACAAUGCAGUGUAGCUUUAGUUUUCAAAAAAAAGAGA